GAUUCAUAUUUUAAUACUUCCUGGCUUCCUAUAUUUACAGUGGCUAACGCAGCACAUUUCUGACUUUUGGUGCUAUGUGGAUGCUCAAACUUAAAUGCCAGUUUAGCUUUACCUUCUUAUCUUUUCGUUUCUUUUCUUAUCUGUUUUGCAUCAGCAUAUUUCACUUCCCCACUAAGAAAUAGUGAGUCGUAAAAUAAUGUAACAGACAAAAACACCUUGUGUGCCUUGAGUUCUUCACUUGACAGCUCAUCAUGAGUGAAGAUAUUUGCUUUGUUGUGCAAAAGAAGCAAAGGAAAUGCACACAUGCAGUGCAUGUCUGCAUGUACAGUAAUUCCUCAUUGCUGGUGAUGGUGACUUGCUGGGAGGGGAGAGACUUUUAUACUUGAACAGAAAGUCUUUCUCAUAUUAGCCUUUCUGUGGGAAAAUACAGGCUCUCCAGGAGUUUGUGUAGUAUUUUAUAAAUAUUGGUCUUGAGAUGUAUUCUCAAACUUAUUUGCUGAAAACUGUGACAAAGUGUUACAAGUUUGGAAUCAGAGGGCAAAGGUGCGGUGGUCAAAUCAGUGACAAAUGCUAUUCAAAUAAUCAUUCAAAGAUCUGUUCAGUAAAUAUUAACUUUUUUAACCCUCCACAAUAUUCCUGGCUACAUGAAAAACCUUGAAAUUGCAAAUUCCUGGAGAGAAGUAAAAAUAGUCAUGCAUUUCAUUUCACAAUUUAACUUGAAACAGUGAAUGACUUAUGUUUUUGCGUUAUAGAACAGAAAGGCUUUUGAAAGAGCAGAGAAUGCAAAAAGGACAGAGAGCAUGGAGCUCCAAAAAGCUGCAGGGGAAGUAGAGAUUAGUCAACUUAAGCAACGGGUCCAGGAACAGGAGGCUUUGCUGGUUGAAAGACAAGCACAGCUGGAAAAGUUGGAAGGAGAAGUAGAAACUCAACACAAGACAAUUGAUGAUCUAACCUUUCAGAAAUCACAGCUUGAGCAUGACAUUCAUCAGUAUUGCACCAAGUUAGAAAUAGCUGUAAAAGACAAAGCUGCCAGUGAGCAGGAAUUAAGUCACACAAGACAGUUAAUUGAGCAGUCAGAGGCCAAGUGGUCUUUGGCUCAGAGGAGACUAGAAGACCUCUUAAAGAAAACAAACGAUGACCAAGAUCUUAAGAAACAGAGCCCCAGACUUCAGAGAAAAAUAAACAUGGAAGAAGGUUCUGAGGAACAGAUUCAAAGUCAGGUCCAGGCUAAAGAAAUUGAUCUGGCUCAGCGGCCUUUGGCAUUUGGCAGUCAGUUGACAGUCAACAGUGAUCCAGAAUCAUCUUCAGUUAGAGAAAAUGACAGCAUGAUGGCAGAUGUCCUGCAGCAGAAACUAGAGGAACUGGUCCUGGUCCAGAAAAAAGCAGACAUGGCUGAGGAGAAAGCACAAAGUUAUAAAAAGCUGUUGGAUGACAGCAACAACAGACUGAAGAAACUGCAGAUGGACAUGGAAAGUGAAAGGAACAACAUGAGACAGAAAUCAGAUGAUCUGCAGCAGGAAGCACAGAACAUGAAGAAAUCCAUCAAUGAACUUCAAGAGGAAAUCAGGUCUCUCCAAAGAGCAAAGUCCUCAUUGGAACAAACUACUUUUUUCCAAAGCACUGAAGUUGAAGGCCUUAAAGAGCAGUUGAAGAUCACCCAAGGAGAACUGCAUAAGAAAAGCUCCAUUGAGCAGGAAAAUAUUUUCAAGUUUAGCAACUUAGAAGAAGAGAUGGCUUCCAAGCAGGCAGUAAUAGAUCAGCUGAAGUUUAAAUGCAACGAGCUGACCAGGAUAAAUGUCUCAUCUGACAGUGAUAUUAGAGCUCUUCAGAUCCAAACAGAGUCAUUGGAAAAAGAGAGAUCAUUUUCUGAACAAAAGAUCAAGUCCUUAAAGAGAGAGAUAGAGAGCUGGAAACAGCAGCUUCAAUCAGCUAAGGAAGAAAACAACUUAAUGAAAAGAUCUGAGCAGGUGUCGCAGCUCAAAUGUAAAAACCUCGAAGCAGAACUCCAGAAAAGUGAAUUAGUUGCUUCUCAACUGCAGAAAAGAGUAGAUGAGUUAAAGCAGAUAAAUGUGGAGAUGGAAAAUAAUCUUAAGAAUGCAAGAGCUAAACUAGAUCAGGUGACAAUGGAAAUUGAUAGCAAGGAUCAGAAAAUUAAAAUCUUUAAGUCUCAGGUGGAGGGCACCAAAUCACAGGUCCAAAUUAUUGAGGAGGAACUAAAUAAGAAAACCCAAACCUCCCAUGAGCUUCAAAUGAAGCUGCAGGAUUACAGUGAGGAGGUAAGGAAAAUGACUGAACUGCAGCAGAAAAUCAAAACACUCAAUUCAAACAUUGCCAAUUAUGAGAAAGAAAUAACAAAUCUGAAAUCAGAGCUGAAGUCAGUGUUUGAUGAGAGGAAUUCUGCAAAUCAAAAGAUCCACAUGCAAAAUGCAGAAAUUAAUGAUUUGAACAUGAUGCUAAAGAAAACAAAAGCAGAACUGCAAAAAGAAUCUGCUGACAGUCAGACACAUCUCAAUAAAGUCAAGGCAUUAGACGAUGAGCUUUUCAAACAUAAGCACAGUAUUAAAGGGUUAACUAGCAGCUCAGAGAAAAUUACAGAAAACCUAAAGCAGGAGAUUUAUGGUCUUCAAAAUGACAAGAAAGCAACAGAAAGGAAAGUAGAGAACUUGAAUGUUAAACUUUCUGAGUUAAGCUCUUCCCUUCAAAGAACUAAAGAUGAAUUGUUGAAAGAGACCAAAGAAAGAAAAGUCAAAGAAUCAAAAAUAGUGCAGCUGGAAACGGAGCUUCAGAAAAAUAAACUAACAAUGAAAGAAUUAAUGUCGAGUUCUGACAAAUCCCAAUCAAAUCUACAACAUGAGAAUAUGAUCCUUAAGAGGGAAAAAGCUGAGGCACUAGAGAAAAGCAUCUCGUGUGGAUCUGAAGUCAGAACGCUGAAAGAAAAGCUGCAACGCACCCAAACAGAAGCGGAACAAAAGCAAAAAGAAAACUCUGUCCUCCAACUGAAGUCCCAGCAGAUGGAAGAACAACUUGAGAAGUGCAAGAAAAUGCUAGAGGAGUUGAAAAGUAAACUAGAACUUCAGAAAGAGGGAUAUGAGAGGCAGUUGUUGCUAGUGCAGACUGAAAUAGAGAAAAAACUGAUGUUACUUCAAUCUGAAAUCUCAACUGAAAGUGGGAAGUCAAAACAGCAGUCACAUAGUACAGAAUUAGUUGAGAUGCUGAACAAGUAUUUCAAACAAGAUGUCAAACAGAUUAAAACAGUGUAUCAAACCACAGUGGAAACAAAGCAACAAACAGACCAACAGCUGCAACUGCAGAUCAAAUUGGACAAACUGCAGCAAGAAAGAACCAAGCUUGGGCAUGACCUCUCUAAGGCACAAUCACAGAUUGCCCAACUUGAGGAAGACAAACUUAAACUCAACUCAAAAAUAAGCACUUUACAAACCAUUUGCAAUGAACAGCCGAAUGAGUCGGCUAAGUUUAAACAGCUGUUAGCAGAUAGUGAAUGGAAACUGACAGUGAAGGAGAGUGAAGCGAAAUCUCUUCAGGAACAAAUAGAGUUGUAUGUCAAAGAAGUCAGAAGUCUUCAGGAAAAGCUUUUGACACUCGGGGUCAGGAUGAAGAUUGAAAACGAGAUGAUAAAUAAACAGGAAGUGACCGAAACCAGGCAUCACUAUGUGAAAGACAACCAGGCCACUUCCACAGAACAUACAGUGAUGCAGGGGAUGGUGCCCUCUUAUGAAAAUGCAAAAUGCAACCUGAAGGAUGAGAUUCUCAAAAUGAAAGUGUCCUCAGAGAUGUCAACAAUGGGGAAAGAAAACAUUCUUGAAGGACUGAAACAAGAUAAAAUGGAAGUCAUUCAAAGCCAAAGCUUUCAUGAUUCACCAACAAAGAAACCUUUGAAUAGCUCUACUUAUCAAACUCCUACUCUCCUACAAAAAGACCAAACCAAACCUGACAGGUCCACGACAGUGACAGCACGUGGAUACAUGGCUCUGUGUGGACUAACAGACACACAUAGCAUCACUAAGGCAACAACAUAUCAGAUUCAUAAAACUAGUGAAACUGUAAACACAUCAGAGAGGAGAACAACAGACAGUGAGGGAAAACAGAGUGACAUGUAUUCAACUUCCCAAAAGCUCCCAGAACUCAAGGGCAGCACAAGUAUUCAAAACCUAAUCAAAUUCAAGUUCUUGGAUGAAGAGGUUUUGCGCAAGUUGGAGAAAGACCUUGUCACAAUAGAAGAGGUGCAAGCAUCACUUCACGUCGGCAAACCAACAACUAUUGCCGGAGUUUAUGUGGAGUCAAGUAAGAAAAAGAUGUCCUUCCUCGAAGCUGCUGAGAAGGGCUUCUUAGCAAAGACGUACGCUCUUGAGUUUCUGGAAGCUCAGACUGCAACAGGAAGCCUUACAGAUCUGGCCACAGGACAAACACACUCAGUUGCUGAGGCUCUGGAAAAAGGUAUUAUAGAGAAAGGCCUGAAAGACAAACUGAUAGAGGCUGAGAAAGCUUUUAGUGGCUACAUCCAUGCUGGCAAAAAGCUGUCUGUUUUUCAGGCAAUGGAAGAAAGGGUUCUUGAUAGAUACAAAGGCAAGAAGCUUCUUGAGGUCCAGGUAUCUACUGGAGGACUGAUCAACCCAGAGAUUGGUGUCAGGGUGCCGACUAGCAUUGCUGUUGAUCAGGGUCUUUUGAACAAGGAGACUCUACAGAGUCUGUAUGAUCCAGUCAGUAACCCCAAAGGUUUCCACAACCCUGACACUGGACAGAAAGCAUACUACUCUGAAAUUCUGAAGACAUGCCUUUAUGACAUAGAUGGUGGUGUGUUUCUCUUCCCAUUUGGUGAGAGACAUCUCACAAAUACCUCUCCCAUGAGUUCUCAUAGAGCGUCUGUUGUCAUCAGCAGCUGUGGCAUCGAAAUGUCAGCGUAUGAAGCAUUCAAGGGGAGACACAUUGACAGGAGGACUUACCUGUUUCUGUCACAGCAGGAAAGUGAAUGGCAGGAAAGGUCCAUAGUUGAUGCCAGUGGAAGCCCACUUCACAUCAUUAUUGACGUCAGAAGUGGCCGACAACUUUGUCUAGAGUCUGCUUUAAGUCAGAGGUUUCUUGAAAUGUCUGAGCUUGAUAGCUAUCGCAACGGGCUUCUUAGUAUCUAUGAGAUCGCGGACAUCAUAUUUUCAAGAAUGGUUGUUGUGGAAGAUGUUAACAGCCCCAUUGCUGGUCUCUGGGAUGUCAGUCGGAGGAAGAGGCUGUCAGUUCUUCAGGGAUUUCAACAGGGCUUUACUGAUAGAGCCACUGCCUUGCGGCUGUUGGAGGCCCAGGUCUGCACUGGAGGCAUUUGCGAUCCCUCUUCAGGGGAGAAAGUUACCCUCUCGGAGGCUCUUAAAAGAGGUCUGGUGGAUGAGGCAUUGAAUCAGCAGCUCCAGCAGUUUGAGCAGGCGUUUAAUGGCAUCAUUCACCCCAAGACUUCAAAGACUUUGUCUGUCUCCCAGGCUGUUCAGGAAAAUCUCUUCCCAAAGGAUGCCGGCUUUCGCUGUAUUGAAUUCCAGCUCCUGACUGGAGGAUUGAUAAACCCUGACACUCAUGACAGAGUCUCACUUGAAGAAGUCAUUCAGAGCGGCCUUGUUGACAAAGUUACUGCCUCUGUACUCAAAGAUGAGAAGUUCCACACCAGAAGCCUCACAUGUCCAAAGACUAAGAGAAGAAUCACGUUCAGGGAGGCACUUGAAAGAAGUGUGUAUGACUGCCACACAGGGUUGAGAUUACUGGAGGCCACAAAAAUUCAGGGUUAUGGACCCAAAUCAACAUUCCAUUAUGUUUGGGCAUAUAAGUAAUAAACAUUUGUAAAUAUAUGCUUGUCCAUUGCAUAAAAGCAAAACCUGCAAAUGGGAUUUCCUUUGGUUUUGUAUUUGGAUGUUAAGUUACCUUGACUUCAAUGUUGUUUUUUGGUUUACACACACAUUUCAUCCAAUUGUUGAUGCAGCUGGCAAUGGUUUUUGAGCUUUGGUGUUUUUAGUCUGAUUGUAAUUAUAUUUUUGGCGAAGUCCCUCCCUUUCAGGAUUCCCCCCUCAAGUGUUUUUUGUUUAUUUUUUGUAACAAAGUUAACAAUCUUGUCAAAAACCCAUCUGUUUUGA